AUGAAACAUUAUCAACGUAGUGUCUGGGAGCCAAAAUUCAAUGACACAGAAUCGGAAAAAAACAAUAAUGAUCAGAAACAUCAUGAUUGGAUGAAUUCAUCGGAUGAUAGUGGGCGCCCAUAUUGCUCGAAACCUUUUCUACUCGGAAUGGCUACUGCAGCAUUGCUUGUUAGUGUCGCUUUUGCAACAAUACUUGCAUUGUAUUUUGUUAAAUCAGAUUCCUGUACCAUCAGCACUACGACGAGCACGGCGAGUUCAUCGAUCACGACUCCAUUGACUUCAACCUCAUCAACAACCACUUCAUCAACUACAAGCACAACCACCACAUCAACUACGACAACAACUACAUCAACUACAACAAGUGCAACUACAACUGCCGCAUUUAAUAUUAAUUUGGUAACAAAUGGUGAUGCCGAAACUGGAUCUUGCCAAGGGAGUAAUGGUAUCACUAGUCCGGUUGGAUGGAACUAUAACGGACCGAUUACUCAAGUGAUCUAUAGCGAUCCAACUUUUAUGGGUAUGGCUUCUUCGGAUCCGGGACCUAGUGAUCGUGGUCAAUGUUAUUUCUAUGGUCAGGUGUCAGCAUCCACAUCAAUGUGGCAAACCAUCAAUCUGAUUAAUGAAGUCAGUCCUCUUCUUGUUGACAGUCAAACUGUAAAAUUCAAUCUUUCGGCAUGGAUUGGUGGUUGUACGACCCAAGAUGAUACUACUAUUGUUUCACUAACUUUUAAUGAUGCAAACAAUACAAUGGCAGGUAAUAUUACUAGCAUCGGACCUGUGUACGCAGUCAAUCGAACAAGUAUAACAUCGUUGAUCUUUCAGCAGGCUAACGAUUUCGUGCCCAUCGGCGCUCGUUCAAUGACAGUAUUUGUCACAAUGAUUCGUUCAUUUGGUACGACGAAUCAAGGCAGUGUGGAUGACAUUGCACUCUUUUUAUAUCAAUGA